GGAAGAAAAGGCUGAUAAUGAAAGAAAAAGUGGCAAAAUGAUAAACCCUCCCAAGCAGACAGCGUGAGAAAGUAUUAAUGGUUCACUCUCAUUGUGGAGUAGGAGGAAAAAAAUGCAAUCGCAGAGGGAAAGAGAAGUUUAACUUGCAAAGCAAAUUUGUCAUUUGCUCUGCCAGAUUAUGGUCGUUAUUAUUUGCUCUUCACUCUUUGAAUGAUAAAGAGAAAGCACGUAAACGACUCUUGACUACAGGCAUAACCCUCUCCCUGCAACCUCCCUUUCCAUACACAAAAAAGAAGAUGCUAAACACAGCUUUUGAAAUUCAGGAGGAUAAUUGAUUCUGUGACGUGCAGAAGCCCACAGGACUCCCGGGGGAGCACAGGUAUAAAAGGGGGAGGAGAUGCACCUCCCUGGCAGGCAGAGGACAGCCGGGGCAGAUCCAAGUGUCCUCCCGCACCCAGCGGGGCUCGCAGGAACAGCCCUAGAGAAGUUUUAUUCACAACAGGGGAAGGAAACACCUGAGCAGGAGCCGAUCUGGGAAGAGCUCAUUCUCCAAGGGAACGGUGUCCCCAAAGGGUGGAAGAUGCUGGAUAAGGCCACCCUGGUCCUGUUCCUGCAUUUAGUCGCAUGCUCCAUCUCCUCUCCUCUCCACCCAGCUCUCAGGUACAGCCCAGGGCCCGUUGCUGGCCAGGCCGUGAACUUCCAGCUCCAGCACAGCAGCCCAUCGCAGAGCCAUAAGCCCUCGGAGGAACAGGACAAGGAGGGUUUGUUAACAGACCCCGCUGAGAAAAGGAUGGAGCGUCAUGCUGAUGCCAUAUUCACCGACAACUACCGGAAAUUCCUGGGCCAGAUUUCUGCCCGCAAAUUCUUGCAGACCAUCAUCGGCAAGAGGCUCGGAAGCAGCGAGAGCAGCCCAGGAGAAGGGGUGCACGGAUUCCUGACAAGGCGCCAGUCUGACAGCAUCCUGAUGGACAGCCGCUACCACCAACAGAUGGUCCUGCGGGACUUCCUGGGAGCCAUCCUGCACAAUCAGAGGCCUCAGGACAUCAACAGCAGUCGGUUAGAAGGCUUUCCCAGCACCCUGGCUAAGCUCAUGUAAAUAUUUCCUCCGUUUUCAUCUCCCCAUGCUCUGAGUAAUUCAGAGCUCAUGGAUCUCACUGUACAGUAAGCCCUUCAAAGCAAUGAAGACAUUCCCCGAUGAAAGCAGCUGGAAACUGAUGCAUACACUCCUCAGAUCUGUUUAAAGGAAUGCAGUUCUGAUGCACUACUUAAUUUACUUCAGUCUUUAAAAUUUAAUUCCCCUCUCUAAAUACUGGUCUGUGCACUGAAUCAGAAAAAAAAAUACCUCAGUGGUUUAACCUCAGGCUGCUUUACACACAAAGACGAAAACAACCAGUACACUUGUAAUCCUGGAGACAUAUUAUCUUCUAAUUAAGGCUUUCAAAUCACAAAGCGUAGCAAAAUAUCUGCCAAAUCAUCAUUCUGUUUGAGAGCCUGAUUAAUAAACAUGAGGCCACCAAAAGGCACCUUCAGGCAACUUAGUAAAUUGGUUACAACCUCCUGUAAACAGACGCUGAUGGCGCAACCACACACGCAGCUGGGAUUGGGGUGAGGUAAGACAUGAAUCCACACGUCCACCACCCACGAGAAGCACUGCUGCGGGCUGGCUCCUCAAUACAGGGCCCUGGCGGCAAAACUGAGCUCUGGAAAGCUCAGCUACAGUUCCUGCUCAGCCCUGAGGUGUUCAAAGAGAAGCUACAGCUCUGCAAGAGUUAAAGGAGAUCCCUGUGCAUCACGUUGGGCUGUCACUGUUUUAAUUCAACGUGCCACCCAGUGGCUCUGAACUCCACCAUGGCCAGAGUUACAACUGUGUUUUCAAAGAAGUUAUUAACCCAGUGAACUCACACAGCUACUUCCUUCCCUGUCACCCCAGUUCUCCUAUUGUUGUGUAAUAAUUAUGUCUUCAAAAAUGUAAAUAAUGUCAGGAUGGGGUUUGAUUUCCCAUCGUUAGCAGGAAAUAAAAGUUGUUCUAAAUAAACCUGUCCAACAGCA